AUGGCCAAGCAGCGGGCCAGUAACAUGUCGGAUGAUGAGAAUGACGGCCUCCGUAUCCUCGGUUUCACUGAGCACGAGGUCGAGCUUGUCCUCAUGUCCAUCCAGUGCAUUAAAAGCAGCAAGCGGUACGCGGUCGGAUGGGAAGUCGGAAUGAAGGACUUCGCCGAUCUCACGAACAACAGCGUCCCCGACGCCCGAGCCCAGUGGAAGGGCCUCAGCAGCAGGCUGAUGAGGCUGCCGCGCCUGCCCAGCAGGAGCCCCUCUCCGGAGCAGCGUGACGUGUCCGAGGAGAUCAUCGAGGAUUGCAUCAUUGUCAAGGACGAGCUGGACGACGAGUCUGCUUCCGACGAUGCGGACGAGCACGGUGAGGAGGACGGACGCAAAGCCAAGCGCAAGGUCAAGACCAAGGGAAAGGGGAAGCAGAAGCAAGUCGCCAAACCCUCCGUCAUUGACAACAUUGGAAUCACUUCUGAGGUCGAGGACAACGUUGGACCCACGAACGAUAUUCCGAUGAGGAGCAGCGAGGACGAAACUGCUGAGCCAUCCAUCAGCGAGGACCGCACCAACAAGGCAUGGGACAACAUUGGAGACGGCAUGACGGAGGAGAAGUGGAACGAGAUGGGAGACAAGCAUGCGCUGUGA